UCUAAAGAACAAGCAGGCCAAGAAGAAUUUGGACCCUUGUGGCUAAUUAGAGGAAAUGGGGCUUGCUUGGGGACAAAAGUGGACAUCUCAAGCUAAGGUCCUGCUUAGGUCUCUCAGGUGCUACUGGACUCAAAUCUAGCUGUCCCAAGCGAUGUGGCUGGUGCCAUGACAUAAAUACUUAAGAGUGAUAAAUUGAACAUUAUGAUGCUGCCUUCCAUUAGGUAAUAUCUCCUGUCCCUCAGGGGAAACCUCCUCCAUUAUGGGGACUGCUUCAUCCUUGGUAAACCCAGUAGGCACUGUCGGGGAGGUGAUUGAAGACACAUAUGAGGGAGGUGGGGGUGAAGCCUGCGAGAUCCCUGUGGAGGUGAAACCCAAAGCCCGCCUCCUGCGCAGCUCCUUCCGCCGUGUGGGGACGUCACGGCCUGGAGGUCUCAUUGGGGCCAGUUUCAAAUCCACUGCCUCCGUACAAGAGCUGGAAUGUAUGGCAGAGUACGAACGCCUGAAGAAAGAAUACGAGAUCUUCCGUAUCAGCAAGAACAAUGAAGUGGCAUCUAUGAUGAAGAAAGAGGCCAAACUGGAUAAAGAAAACAAGCGCCUGCGGGCAGAGCUGCAGGCACUUCAGAAAACAUACCAGAAAAUACUCAGAGAGAAAGAAAGUGCUUUAGAGGCCAAAUAUCAAGCCAUGGAGAGAGCUGCUACCUUUGAACAUGACCGAGACAAAGUCAAGAGACAGUUCAAGAUUUUUAGAGAAACCAAGGAAAAUGAAAUUCAGGAUUUACUGCGGGCAAAGCGUGAGUUGGAGGCAAAAUUGCAGAGGCUGCAAGCUCAAGGCAUCCAUGUAUUUGACCCUGAGGAGACAGACUCAGAUGAUAGCUGUACAGAGGCUGCUGCGACUGGGGCUCAGGCUGAGUAUUGGACUGGUGGAGCCUUGGGAAGCGAGCCAUCCAUGGGCAGUAUGAUGCAGCUUCAACAGUCUUUCAGAGGCCCAGAGUUUGCACACAGUUCCAUUGAUGUGGAAGGGCCAUUUGCAAAUAUCAACAGAGAUGAUUGGGAUGCAGCUGUUGCCAGUUUGUUGCAGGUCACUCCAUUGUUUUCCCACUCUUUGUGGAGUAACACAGUAAGGGUGUAUCUCAUCAAUACACAGGAGACUCAGUCAGAGGUAGACAUCUUCAUACAGAAAUACUCUCCAAAACUUCAGAAAUAUUGUGAGACAAUGGAGUACUUCUUCCAAGCUGUCUAUUUUCCGGUAGAAACUGGAAGUCCUUCUCAAUCUGUGAGGAAAUGGGAAAUCGAGAAGAGUUCUUUAACUAUUUUGUGCCUGCAUUUAACUUUGCCAAGCUGUCUGCUGGAGGAGUGCGAAGAAGCCUUCUUGAAAAACCCAGAGGGAAAGCCCCGUCUUCUUUACCACCGCCUGGAAGAGGGCCAGACCGGCUCGGAUUCUGUGCAGCAGCUGGUUGAACAAGUUGGCUGCGUGAACAAAGCAAAGAUCAUCAGUCACAUGGGGGGACCAGAGGAGGGAGCACAUGCAGUCUACAGUUAUGUAGAAAAGACCAUAAAGCAGGUACUUAUUAUUAUUAUUAUUAUUAUUAUUAUUAUUAAUGACAGCUCCUCUGUUCCUGAAGAGGAAAUCUUUGGCGAUGUGCUGUGGGAUGCGCACGAUGAGCAAGAACAGAUGGAGGCUUUCCAGCAGGCUUCCAAUUCGACUUGUGAGCUGGGAUUUGAGAAGUAUUAUGAGCGUCUAAAUGACUUAGUGGCAGCACCGGCACCCAUUCCACCCCUUCUUGUAUCUGGAGGACCAGGCUCUGGAAAAUCUCUUCUGCUAUCAAAAUGGGUUCAGCUGCAACAGAAGCAUUCAUCAAAUACACUAAUUCUGUAUCAUUUUGUUGGGAAACCUACGUCAAGCAGUGCAGAGCCUGCCCUGAUCCUCAAACGAUUCACAUUAAAGCUCAUGCAGCAUUCCUGGUCGGUCUCACCUCUGACGCUGGAUCCAGCAAAACUAUUAGAAGAAUUUCCUCGUUGGCUAGAGAAACUCUCUGCUCACCACCAAGGCAGCAUUAUAAUAAUUAUUGACUCUAUUGACCGAAUCCAGCAAGCUGAAAAGCACAUGAAGUGGCUGAUCGACCCCCUGCCAGUGAAUGUCAGGGUUGUCGUAUCUGUGAAUGUUGAAACGUGUCCACAAGCAUGGAGGCUGUGGCCGACUCUUCAUCUUGAUCCGUUAAAUACAAAAGAUGUGAAAUCUCUCAUUAAUGAAGAAUGCAGUUCUGCAAAUCUGAAACUGACUAAAGAGCAGGAGAAGAAGCUUGAGAAAUUCUGUCACUCUAGUACGACUUGCAGUGCCCUGUACGUCACCCUUUUGGCUAGAAUGAUGGCUGGUGCUGGAAGCAUAGAAAAUAUUGACAUAAUCUUACAGAAGUGUUUCCUGUGCCAAGACACGGUGUUGCUGUACAAGUUAGUUCUGAAAUCCAUUCAAGAAUCUUUGAAAAGCGAGAAAGACAGAGGCCUCUUGAAAGAGAUACUUUGCCUCAUCAGCAUCAGCCACAAUGGAGUGAGUGAAUCAGAACUGAUGGAGCUCUGCCCUGAGCUCUCCUGGGCAGUCCUAGCCUCAGUCGUUCACAGUCUGCACAAGAUGUGCUUUUUAACAUAUGGCUGCGGCUUGCUGAAGUUCCGUCACUUACAGGCUUGGGAAACAGUAAAACUGGAAUUCAUGGAAGAAGGCCACAAUGCUUUUGCUGCUUGCAGAGAAAAAUUGAUUGACUACUUCACCAUGCAGCUCAGUCAAGAGAGAGUGACGUGGAGAAGUGCAGACGAACUCCCCUGGCUGUUCCAGCAGCAAGGUGACAAGCAGAAGUUACACACGUGCCUCUUGAAUCUCUUUGUAUCCCAGAAUCUGUAUAAAAGGGGCCAUUUUGCAGAACUGCUGAGCUAUUGGCAGCUUCUGGGAAAAGAUAAGAACUCAAUGGCGGCAGAGUAUUUUAGCUCCCUGAAGUUGUAUGAAAAAAGCUGUGUGAGAGAAGAAAGUAUGAUCUCUCUGGCUGAUCUUUAUGAGACUCUGGGACAGUUUCUUAAGGACUUGGGCCUUCUCAGUCAGGCUGUUGCUCCUUUGCAGCGCUCCCUGGAGAUCCGAGAGACCGCCCUUGAUCCAGACCAUCCUAGAGUAGCCCAAUCUCUCCAUCAAUUAGCCGGAGUUUAUGUACAGUGGAAGAAAUUUGGUAAUGCCGAGCAGUUGUACAAGCAGGCUCUCGAAAUCUCUGAAAAUGCUUAUGGAACUGAACAUCUCAGAGUUGCUCGUGAACUUGAUGCUCUUGCAACAUUGUACCAGAAACAGAACAAGUAUGAACAAGCUGAACAUCUAAGGAAAAAAGCCUUCAAAAUUCAGCAAAAAGCUGUGAGGCGGAAAGGCAGCCUGUAUGGAUUUGCUCUUCUUCGCCAACGAGCCCUGCAGCUAGAGGAGCUCACUCUGGGGAAAGACUCAUCCGACAGUGCUCGGACUCUCAAUGAACUUGGUGUUCUCUACUACCUUCAAAAUAACCUUGAGACAGCAGAACUUUUCUUGAAACGCUCCCUGGAAAUGCGAGAACGGGUUCUUGGGCCUGACCACCCAGACUGUGCCCAGUCUUUGAAUAAUCUAGCAGCCCUUUACAAUGAGAAGAAGCACUAUGACAAGGCAGAGGAGCUGUACGAAAAGUCACUGAACAUCCGGAAGAAAGCACUGGCACCUGACCAUCCCUCUUUGGCUUACACUGUGAAACACCUUGCUGUUCUCUACAAGAAGAUGGGAAAGCUGGACAAAGCCGUUCCUUUGUACGAGUUGGCUGUUGAAAUCCGGCAAAAAUCUUUCGGUCCAAAGCACCCAAGUGUGGCUACUGCUUUGGUAAACUUGGCUGUUCUUUAUUGCCAAAUGAAAAAACACCUUGAGGCGUUGCCGCUUUAUGAACGGGCCUUGAAGAUUUAUGAAGACAGCUUUGGACGUAUGCACCCUCGUGUUGGAGAAACAUUAAAAAAUUUGGCAGUGUUGAGCUACGAAGGAGGGGAUUUCGAGAAAGCUGCUGAGCUUUAUAAGAGAGCCAUGGAGAUCAAAGAAGCAGAAUCGUUGCUGACAGGGGGGAAAGCCGCUUCCCGCCAUUCAUCGAGUGGAGACACGCUCAGUUUGAAGAGUGCUUUCUCUCCUAACGUUUUCCUGCAGCAAGGGCAAAGGUGAUGCCAAGCAACAUAUGCAAUACAGGACAUGUGCGGGCCAUCAAAGGCAUGCACCAAAGCUACGUUAACUCAAAGGGUAGGAGGUAAAUGAACUCCAGUGACUAUACGUGGGUCCAGAAUGCUUAACUUGUGUUUUCAGUUCAAGUGUUCUCUUCACCAGCACACCACUCCUCAAUGUGUUACAUGGGUUUGAAGACCUGUUGAUUUUUGUAAAGACCAUUAGCUAGUGCCUUCAGACUUCUGUAGUACCAGAGACAUUAAUUCCAGGGGUGUCGCCAUUCUAGUCCCUUGCAACAAAAAUAAGCAGGGGUCUAGGGGCACGUUUAGCAUAAGGGGUUCCGUGGACUAGAGCCCCCUUCCUCCAGUGCACUAAGUAAAUCCCCACCAGGCAGAGAGCUUUCUCUUGUUGCUUUAAUGCUGAGGUGCUCUGACAGCUCCAGCAUUUACCCAGUUGCUGUAUUGACUCCUUCUUCCAGAAGGAAUCUGAAUGGCACGACCUGUUACAAGUAAAUAAUACUGGG